UCAGGGAGCGGACUGAAUUUAGCCAGCCCUCCUUCUGCAGAGAAGCUUUUGACGGUGGCAUGAGUAAAUUUUAAUACCGAAAGUAUUCCCGGCUAUGUCUGCCGCUGAAAUGGCUUCUGCGGCUUCAGAAGAAACACCCGCGCUGAGCGACGAGAAAGACGUACCGACGGCGGCCACAAACAACGGCAAUGGCGAGGAGAAGGAAAAUGGCCCUACCGAACCGGAAACGGAACAGCCAGACGGUAGCGUAGAGCCGAAAAUGGAAGCGGUGGAGGCGGAGAUCGGCGAGGAGAAGCCCGCUGCAGAUUCAGACAAGGCCGCGAGCGAGGUGGUGUCAGACGACGGUGUUUCUUUGGGCGACAAGGAGGUGACAAACGCUCCCGGAGAGCCAGAGCAAGUAACGGAGUCACAGCAGAGCCCGGGAGAUGGUCACAGCGAACCUACCGGCGAUAGCACGAUAAAAGAUGCUAAGGAGGAGACGGGAGAGGAUAGCCGGAGUUUGGGGACAGACAGCGAGAAGAGCAAAACUGUCAGCGAAGAUGGAGAUAAAGCCAGCGCUGGUGGCGGGGAGCUGGGUGACAAGAGGCGGGCGAGUGUGGAGAUAUCAUCCUCGGAUGGUGAACCCUUGAGCCGUAUGGACUCAGAGGACAGUAUCAGCAGUACCUUGAUGGAGAUGGAGAGCCUAGUAUCCAGCGGGCGCUCCACCCCUGCCAUGAUGAAUGGACAGGGUAGUGCCAGCCGCUCUGGAAACAAGUCGAUGGCUUACCAGUGUUGCUGGGACCUCUGUCCAGAGUGCUUCAACUCUAGUCCUGAUCUGGCAGAGCACAUCAGGGGGAUUCAUGUGGAUGGGCAGAGAGGAGGGGUGUUUGUGUGUCUGUGGAAGGGUUGCAAGGUGUAUAACACGCCAUCCACCAGUCAGAGCUGGCUCCAGAGACACAUGCUGACCCACAGUGGGGAUAAGCCCUUCAAGUGUGUAGUUGGUGGCUGCAAUGCCAGUUUUGCUUCUCAAGGUGGACUGGCUCGUCACGUACCCAGUCACUUCAGUCAGCAGAACUCCUCGAGAAUGUCUGGUCAGGCCAAACUCAAGGAGGACUCCCCUUCUAAGGCUGGACUUAACAAGAGGAAGAAGCUCAGGAACAAACGCAGGUGCUCCUUACACUGCAGAGCGCUGUCGAGACCCCAUGACUUCUUUGAUGCCCAGACCAUGGAUGCUAUUCGGCACAGAGCCAUCUGCCUCAACCUCGCCACCCACAUUGAAAGUGUGGGCAAUGGCCACAGUGUUGUCUUUCACAGUACGGUGCUAGCCAAAAGGAAAGAGGGGUCUGGCAAGGUCAAGGUUCUUCUGCAUUGGACACCUGAGGACAUACUGCCCGACGUGUGGGUGAAUGAAACCGAGCGAUCUCAGCUGAAGACUAAAGUGGUGCACUUAUCCCAGUUGCCACAGGACACAGCCAUGCUAUUAGAUCCCAACAUCUAUCGAGCACUUCCUCAAAAGCGUCUGAAGCGCAGCCUGUAAGGAGUCAUCUUUGGACUUGAUACUUAAGUCGAAGUUCCUGUAUGGGACGCUCUUCAUCCGUUUCUGCUGAAUGGGGGGAGUGACAUGGCGAUAAAAGGAAACAGGCUUUCUGCAGUUCUCCUUUUCCCUCUCCAGCUUUGUAUAUAAAAUGAUUGUUGUAGCCAAGUGUGAUGUCAAAUGGGACUGAAAAUUUUUAAAACCUUUGUGUUUAACAAAAAUGAAAUGAAUGUUGUUGUUUUUUUAAACAAGCACCAAACAUAUUAACUCCCAGUAGUGUAAAAAACAGCAACAAAAAACCUGUUUUUGUGCAAGCUUGUCAGAUAACACAGCAUCAUUUUAUAGCUGUUUUGUGUAAAAUAUUUAUCCAGAUUUGUAACUUAUUUUUAUACCUUGAAAAUACUGGUGUACUGUGGAUUUCUGUGAAGGUUUUGAAUAGAACCGUAUUUACUGUGAUAAUAUAUGUAAGCUGUCACCUGUAGGGUUACUUGGAGAUUUUCUAGUUGUAAUUACGUUGUACGUGACGUAAGUCUUAACAAAUUAUCCUAUUUAUAGUUACUGAAUGCAGUACUGUUAACUAUGUGUGCGACGGUGAAGAGUGAGGCUGUGCCGGUCGUCAGACAGUUCAAAUGGUUUCUGGAGCAAUAACUCAGUAGUUAAGGACACUACAGUGUAGCUCUUAAUAUCACCCAAUCUGUAGACAGCGUGCCAUAAAAUAAAAGGCAGGCAUGUAAAAUGUUUAAAUUGCAGCAACUAACUCGGCCUCCUCUUCCACAAGUAACACGAACUGUAUGUAUCAUAGUUGUUAAAUGUUCAUUGAUUAACAUUACCGCUAUUUAAGCACUCACGAAAUAUUGGUAAGUGUUUUCUACGUAAUGUUUGAAAUUAAAUAUUGUGUUUGUAAUAAAAUUGGGGAAAUGAUGUUAAUGAAUUGAACUUGUAUCUGUAAUGAUCCAAGGGGCUACAUUGGCAAUGGCGCAAUCCACUGUUGCAUGGCUGUAGUGGAGUGUAAGUUCUUUAAGGGUGUGCUGGAGGGAUUGGCUUUACUUGGCAUCCAUUAGCAGAACAGCUUUGGGAGCAUGCUGUGGAGAAGCUAAUGACUGGGCUGGCAGAGCAGGGCCACUGCCAGCCUCAAAUGUUGGUGAACAUGCCUGCAGAGAAAACAGAGUUCAGGGAGAGGUCUGCUACAGUGUGGCUGUCCUGCUCGUCAAUAUUUCAUGCACUGGUCACACAUACAAAAUUCUUCUUGGACUCCAGUGCGUGAAACAGUGUGGCUGAAGGUUUGCUUUUGUGAGCGUUUCUAAUAUCUGCAAUGGUCUGUUGAAGCUUAUAGAAAUGUUUGAUGGCAAAUUGAUAAUAAUGUAAUGUUCUAAUUAUGUAGGCAACUCUGUGUCAGCACGAAAUCUUCAUAGUCCCACUACUGGGCCAGUUUACAUUUUUGGUACUAAUAUGUGAACCUUUUGAUACAUAAAUAAAUGUUUCUGUUUUGUUUC